AUGUGCCGAGUCGAGCUAACUCCUGGCGCAGCCCCAAGCUUUGUUCUUGGUACAGACGACCACGAGAAACUAGGACUUCCAUCUGAAGGAGCAAAAGGAACAGUUGCCUCAAGGGUGGCGGAAGCCUGCCUGACCGCUGCUCGAGCAAGCGUGGGCCAUUUUGAGGAAAUUCCUAAGGGCGCUGAGGUCCUCGAGAAGGGGGAAAUUUUCAACGAAUCGGAAAAGGCGCAAACGGCAGAAAAAGUAGGAAACGAACAAGAGCCAGAGGAGGCUGAAGAUCCUGGGCCGACUCCCGAGUGCCUCAACUUGCUCCCGCUGGUGACGGCUUUGACAAGAAAACCUUUGCAGCGGCUGGCGUGA